AGGUUGCACCGCGCUGGUGACGUCUGGCGGCGAACUAGCUGGCUGGCUAAGCUUGAAAGUGCAUUAUUAUUGUGACAUUACUGUCCGAUACAAUAUUUGUGCUUUAAUGUUAUCACUAGCACGUUAUCAUACACUGUGACUUUGCCUUUGUUCGCCUGGUGGCUGAAUACGUUUAAUAAUCCUAUAAAACAGCAGGUAAAAAUAUGGCUGGAUCAGUUAGUCUUGAACUAGAUCCUAUCUUCCUGAAAGGCCUGGGAUACUUGCAUUCGAAAAGUAAAGACUCUGCCGAAAAGUUGAGGGCGUUACUUGAUGAAUCAAUGGCCAGGGGGAGCGACUCGACGUAUCGGACCUUACAGAAGGAUGUUGAGGUUGCUAAGGUGCCAGGCCCCAAGGUAACAUUAAUUAAACAGGACUCCAAGUCCUCCUCCAGCUCUUCGUCUUCCAGCAGCAGUAGCAGUAAAUCAAGCAGUUCAGAGAAAAGCAAAAAGGAGAGUGAGAAAAGACCCAUUGAAAAGGUUAAGGUUACAGAUUUAUUGGAUGUACCUGAUCCACCAAAGAAGGCCCGGAUAGAGAAACCUGUGGAGAACCGCACGUCCCCAGUCACUGUUCCAGCUAGCAAAGAACUGCCUGACCUUUCUGGCCUGGAUGAAACCAGUGCUGAUAUCUUUGCUAUGGAGAUGGGUCUUGCUUGUGUGGUUUGCAGGCAGAUGACGGUCACAUCAGGUAAUCAGCUAGUGGAAUGUCAGGAGUGCCAUAACUUGUAUCACCAGGACUGCCACAAACCACAAGUCACUGACAAGGAUGUUAAUGAUCCACGGUUGGUGUGGUACUGUGCUCGGUGCACCAGGCAAAUGAAGCGCAUGGCACAGAAAACCCAGAAGCCCCCGCAGAAGCCCUCACCUACUAUGACAUCUUCUGCAGCGCCUGUUGUGAAGGACUCACUAGUGAAAAAGCCUGAACUGAAGCCCAAAGUGGAAACCACCAACACAUUCCAGGCCUUCAAGAGAACAGAAGUUAAGGCAUCAGCAGCUGCUUCAUCUAACACUGCAAGCAGUGCAUCCUUGCAGUCUAGUGGUUUAACUGGAUGGGCAGCUUUUACCAAGACCUCCACUGCCGGCCCCUCCAGCACAAAGCUGGGCGCCACCACUCAGGGCACCAGUGGCAAAUCCACGCCUCCCUCCUCUGGCACCAAGCCUGCUGGCCUGUCUGGAAUGGCCGGUGGCAAAUCAGGCCUUGGCACCAAAGUGUCUGGCAGCCCAGGAGGAAGCAAUAAUGGGAACAAUGGGUCUAGCGCUGCGCCGCUGAAGCCACCUCCACCUCUGACGCUGGGGAAGCAGGUGCUCAGCCGCUCCUCCAGCGGGGACAGCCUGGGGAAGGUGACCGUGGCUGGGGCGUCCUCCCCGGGGGCCUCCUCUUCAUCCUCCUCCUCCUCCUCCAGCGGCAGCGGUAGCCUGGGAGGGAACGGAGGCGGCUCAGGGAAUAACGGAGGUGGCAAUGGAGGCGGCGGCAACAACAACGGCAACAACGGGAACAAGUCAUCAGCUGACGGCAAAGCACCCACCUCGCAGGAGUCUCAGCUUCAAGCCAUGAAGAGACUGCAGAUGGUCAAGAAGAAAGCAGCUCAGAAGAAGUUGAAGAAGUGAAAGGGGACGCCGCCAGACAUUGCCAUGUAACAUCUAGUUCCAUUAAGAUAUUAAAUGAAUGCUGCUGGAGUAGCAUGGACCUUUAUGUGGGUAUGUUCUGACUCGCUUUGUCUCCAUGGAUCGCUGACAAUGUGUUUUUAAGGACAUUUAAUAAAUUACAUUUUUAAGUAAAA